UCUGCUGCUGCUGCCUCCUCUCCUGCCGCUGCCGCUCUUCCCCUGCGGGCCUCUCCUCCUCCUCCUUCUUCCUUCCUCGCCUCAGCGCUCGCGAGCGCGGCCGCCCGUGUCCUUCCGCCGCGCGCGAGCGGGGGACUUUUUCGCGGGGCUUUUUGGGCGCCCUAUGAGAAGCGGCGGCGGGCUCCGGGCGGCCCUGCUCGUCGUUCGGUCGGGCGGCGGCCGGGCGCGGGCGACACGAUGUCCUUGGUAGAUUUGGGAAAGAAGCUUUUAGAAGCUGCUCGAGCCGGCCAAGAUGAUGAAGUUCGCAUUUUGAUGGCCAAUGGAGCACCUUUUACUACAGAUUGGCUGGGAACGUCUCCACUUCAUCUAGCAGCACAGUAUGGCCAUUAUUCAACUACGGAAGUGUUACUACGAGCAGGAGUAAGUCGAGAUGCGAGGACCAAAGUGGAUCGGACGCCACUUCACAUGGCAGCUUCAGAAGGCCAUGCAAGCAUUGUAGAAGUUUUGCUUAAGCAUGGUGCAGAUGUAAAUGCAAAGGACAUGCUGAAAAUGACUGCUCUGCAUUGGGCCACGGAGCACAAUCAUCAGGAAGUAGUGGAACUCUUAAUAAAGUAUGGAGCAGAUGUCCAUACCCAAAGUAAAUUUUGCAAGACUGCGCUAGACAUUGCCAUAGACAAUGGAUAUGAAGACCUGGCAGAAAUUCUACAGAUCGCCAUGCAGAACCAAAUCAACACAAAUCCAGAAAGCCCCGAUACGGUGACAAUUCAUGCGGCAACACCACAGUUCAUCAUUGGACCUGGUGGUGUUGUGAAUCUAACAGGUGGAGUAUUCUCUACAGCUGGUCUCACAUACGAUGAGAGCGGAAUGUCUGCUGUCCAGUUUGGCAAUUCCUCAACUUCAGUUCUGGCAACGCUGGCUGCCUUAGCAGAAGCCUCAGCUCCACUGUCCAACUCCUCAGAAACUCCAGUUGUGGCUACAGAAGAAGUGGUGACCGCUGAAUCUGUGGAUGGCGCAAUUCAACAAGUAGUUAGUUCUGGAGGUCAGCAGGUUAUCACCAUAGUAACAGACGGGAUACAGCUUGGAAAUCUCCAUUCCAUUCCCACCAGCGGAAUGGGUCAACCCAUUAUAGUGACCAUGCCAGAUGGGCAGCAAGUACUUACAGUACCAGCCACAGACAUUGCAGAGGAAACAGUAAUCAGUGAAGAGCCUCCAAUGAAGAGACCAUGUAUUGAGAUCAUUGAAAAUCGGGUGGAAUCGGCAGAAAUAGAAGAAAGAGAAACAUUGCAAAAACAGCUGGACGAGGCGAACCGGGAAGCCCAGAAGUAUCGCCAGCAGCUUUUGAAGAAAGAACAGGAAGCAGAAGCUUGUAGGCAGAAGUUGGAGGCGAUGACCCGCCUCCAGACUAGCAAAGAAGCUGUUUGAAUGGAUGAAGUGAGCAUUCUAUUAUAUACAGGAUAAGAAAACCGCAGUACAAUCUGACUCUGCAUAACACAAAUUGUAGGUGCAGAACUGAGAUUUUUUUGUCAAAGAAGAUGCUACUGGACUUAAGCCAUGAGCUCUGGUGAUUUUCUUGUAUCAUAAAAAAAAAAAAAACAACCUCAGAAUUUAGACAUUUUUGUGCAAAAUAUUUAAAAAGAAAAAAAAGAAAUACUGUAAAUAGUUGUUUUUUUUUACAGUUCCAAAAUUAGUUGUUUAAUCUUUUCGGAAGGGAUCCAGAAACCUGCAAUGCCAAUGUUUUUGUGACUUCUUUUCUUUUCUUUUCUUUUACUAUGAAUCUUCUGAGAUACAGAACAGUUUUAAGGAGGAUAACUGUUGAUUGAAACUGUGCUGUGUUAAAUGAAUUAUGUGACAGAACCGAGCUUGAAAGCUAUGAAUUCGACCUCUGACUAAAAAUUCAUUUCCUGAUUAUUGUUAUCCUUUGUACAGCUUUAAGGAGUUGGCCAAGGCCUCCGAACAAUGCCCCCCUUUUUUUAGGGAAGAAAAAAGUGUAAUUUUUUAUAUUUAAUUCCUGAUAUAUUCAAGUAGAUUGACAUGUAUAUGAAGCUGAUAUUUUUAAAAGUUUUCAGUUUGUACAUAUGCUGCAUGUUUUUUUUAUGAUUUCUAUAUACAUCUUCCAUAAGUAUUUUUCAGGAAAGAGGAUGGAAAAUUAUGAUUAAAAAAAAUAUUUAACCUCUAGCCCGGGAGCCUGGCUCAGGAAUUCUGGGAGUUGAAGUCCACAGGUCAUAAAGUUGCUAUAGUUGCCCAGCCGUGCUCUAGGUCAUGGGGGUAGGGGGUAGAUGAAGAAGCCGGUGAAUAAUUGUGGGUCGAUUGUUUUUCUUUUAUAUCGGGAGCCCCAUUUCUUAGAGGGAUGUAACCUGGGAGAAGAAAAGGAAAACAAAAACCAGUAUUUAUGUAAUAUAUUAACUAUAUGAAAAUAUUACCCUUAGCGCAGCCAAUCAUAUUUUCAGGGGUGUCCAGCUAAGCUGGGCUGGGAUAAUUCUGCAGAUGGAGAACAAAUUUCAAGUCCUUCUCCCCCCACCCCCCUCAAACUCUUAAGCUUAACCUCUUCCCUACUAUGCUGCCACCUGCUGGACAGGAAGUUAACAUUCACAUCACAGCACCCCUCUGUCCCCAUCUCUCCCCCAUAACCCCCCAAAUGCAAAUGCCGUAAGUAUAAUAGGCUGAUAUCUGGAAUUGGAGUCCAGGCUGUCCUUCAAGAAAUCUGUUGGUAAAUGGCACACAAGUGUGUCCAUCUCUCACAUCUAAUCUGACUCGCCAACGGACAGCAGGUACUGAUGACCAGAUCUCCUAAAACAGUUCACAACACCUGCCCCACCAAGGUUUUAUCACCUGCUAGAAAUUGUCAAAAAAAAAAAAAAAAGGAGUGGAAGGAGUUAAUUUGAAGACAGAGGUCUGAAAAUGGCAUCUCACCACCACUUCUCCAACGGGACAUCCCUCAAGCGUUGAAGGUCAUGAGAUUGGAGAGAGGAAAUUGGGCAACCAGUGACUCCUCACACUCCUCCUUUUUCAUGAUUGUGGCUGUUGUAUACCGAUAGCCUAACACGUAAGAAAGUCCGGCACUGGAGUCAUUUCUGUUCACAACGUUCCCACUGCAAAAUGAACAGGGGUAACAGAAAAGCCUGAAAUCCUUGCAUGCGUUUUAUCUAGGAGCCACCUAAAGUGAAAUCCACCUUCUCUUGUGUUCCUGCUCUGCCACCACUUUUGCUCUCCCUUCUUCCAACAAAGCUUACAGAGGAAAUGCUCCUUGUUCACACUCGUGCCCAUCGUCUCAAUCUAACAGUGCAACUAACGCACGCAGGCGCAUGUAAUUUUCACCGUCUUUAUCUGCACAACAAAAUUUUAAGGUUGCCCUAAAUCAUGACUGACCUCUAGGGGCAGCUUUGUGUGGGCGGUUCGGUUGUUGCCUUCUGUUAUUUUGGACAGCUCCAAUUAUGUUUUAAUUUGCGUGGUCUUCGGGGGGAAGACAAUUCUUAGCAUUUCUGGCGAAUGGUGUUUUACAUUUCUCAGUUUUUAUACCUGUCUUUUCUCUCUCUCCUCCCACGCCGUCCAGGUUUAUUGGUAUUCAGCGCCCACAUUUUGCUAACCAAGUACGAUCAGCCGUUAUUGAUGUAGAUUGACGUAGAGUUCAAAGUCUGCCAUGAUUGAACUAUAUUAAAUUGUGAAGGAGUGAUUUAGGUCCGCAAGAUAUUGUAGAUAAUAUACCAACCCUAAGUACCAUUACACAUGGACCCUAAGUACCAUUACACAUUACACUGUUAAAAGAAAUAAGGAUGUUUUAGACCUUAAACUUUUAAUACAUCCUCAAAAAAUAGGUAAGUAAGCACUUAGUUCCCUACUGGACUUACGUUAUGGGACCUACUAAAGGUUUCACAGCUAAGUCCUGCUCUGCAGAUGAAAAGGAAUGAAAAGUAGAUAUAAUUGUAGAUGGGAUUUGAAUACAAGGAGAAAAGAGAUGGAUGGAUCUCCUUCCCCCUAACCUUGUCUUGUGUGAGCUUUCUACUUGCACUCAGGCAAACAUAAGGGAAUCUUUAUAAAAAUUUAUUUCCUUGUCAGUCACAGUUGAUGUAGUUGGGUCGAUCUUGCCUGCUGCAAACGUUGACCUGUAGAGAGCCAAGAACAUGUAAACAUUGGUUGGCUUUCGGAUAAUUCACAGACCAUACUGCCUUAAAGAUUACCAAGUGCUACAAACGCUUUACCCUUUGUUGAGACUACUGUGCAGCUCCUUUAUUUCCACGUAUACCUUGUAUUUUGAUUUGUGCUUUUGCUGUGUUUUAUCUUUCAGUGCUUUUAUGAAACGUAUAACUUUAUAAAUCAUCUAGAUUACCUAUACAGAAGAAUUGCCCUUAAAACUGUCUUUGGCCUACCUUUUCUAUUUACAAUUAAAUAUCUUUUCCACA